UUAUUGGUGCUUCAGCAAGUUCUGUAUCCAUAAUGGUUGCCAACAUUUUACGUCUCUUUAAGAUUCCUCAGAUAAGCUAUGCAUCUACCGCCCCAGAGCUGAGUGAUAACAGCAGGUAUGACUUUUUCUCUCGUGUGGUCCCAUCCGACACCUUUCAAACACAGGCCAUGGUUGACAUUGUCAAAGCAUUACGUUGGAACUAUGUCUCUACCCUUGCAUCUGAAGGAAGCUAUGGAGAAAGUGGAGUGGAAGCCUUCAUACAGAAAUCUCGGGAAGACGGGGGAGUCUGUGUGGCCCAGUCAUUGAAGAUUCCACGAGAUCCCAAACGAGCAGAAUUUGAUAAAAUUAUCAAGCGUCUAUUGGAAACUCCCAAUGCACGUGGAGUCAUUAUAUUUGCGAAUGAAGAUGACAUUAGACGGGUGCUGGAAGCAACAAAACGGGCCAAUCAGACAGGCCACUUCUUGUGGGUUGGAUCUGACAGUUGGGGGUCCAAAGUGGCACCAGUACUACAGCAGGAGGAUGUAGCUGUGGGAGCUGUCACUAUCCUUCCAAGGAGAGUUUCAGUCCAAGGAUUUGAUAGAUACUUCAAGAGUCGGACCCUGGAGAAUAACAGAAGGAACAUUUGGUUUGCAGAGUUUUGGGAAGCGAAUUUCAAGUGUAAGCUGAGUCGACACGGAUUUAAACGAGGGAGUCAUGUUAAAAAAUGUACAGGCUUGGAGAGAAUUGGGCGAAAUAAUUCUUAUGAGCAAGAAGGAAAAGUACUGUUUGUUAUUGAUGCAGUUUAUGCCAUGGCACAUGCUCUACACAACAUGCACAAAGAUCUCUGUCGAGGACAUGUUGGACUUUGUUCCAAAAUGGACCCUGUAGAUGGCAAGGUCCUCCUUGAAUAUAUCCGUAAAGUCAACUUCUCUGGAAGUGCAGGGGUCCCUGUGACCUUCAAUGAAAAUGGUGACGCUCCUGGACAUUAUGACAUUUAUCAAUACCAAAUUAAGGACAAUGCUACACGUGCGUACUCAGUCAUUGGAGAAUGGGCGAACAAACUUCGUUUAAAUAUCCACACGAUGCAAUGGCAAUCUGGAUCGCGUCAGGUUCCAGUAUCAAUCUGUAGCCUUCCAUGCAAACCAGGGGAAAGGAAAAAAAUUGUGAAGGGCAUUCCUUGUUGCUGGCAUUGUGAACUCUGUGAUGGCUACCAAUACCAGGUGGAUAAAUAUAACUGCAAGAUCUGCCACUUCGACAUGCGUCCUAAUGAAAACCACACAGGAUGUCGCCCAAUUCCCAUAGUCAAAUUAGAAUGGUAUUCACCUUGGGCUGUUGCACCCGUAUUCUUUGCAAUUAUUGGUAUCAUUGCUACGCUAUUUGUUGUCAUAACGUUUAUACGUUACAAUGACACACCAAUAGUAAAAGCAUCUGGACGAGAAUUAAGUUAUGUGCUUCUCACAGGAAUUUUCCUCUGUUAUGCUAUUACCUUCCUUAUGAUAGCAGAGCCCGAUGUUGCCAUCUGCUCCAUGCGACGGAUCUUUCUUGGAUUGGGUAUGAGUAUCAGCUAUGCGGCCUUACUCACCAAGACGAACAGGAUAUAUCGGAUAUUCGAGCAAGGCAAAAAAUCCGUCAGUGCCCCCAGGUUUAUCAGUCCAGCCUCCCAGCUCAUGAUAACUUUCAGUUUUAUCUCUGUGCAACUACUGGGUGUCUGUAUCUGGUUUAUUGCUGACCCACCCCACUCCUACAUAGACUACGAUGACCAAAAGACUGCCAACCCUCAGUUUGCUCGUGGAAUUCUCAAAUGUGAUAUUUCUGAUCUGUCUCUCAUCUGUUUACUUGGAUACAGCAUGCUCCUCAUGGUCACAUGCACCGUCUAUGCCAUCAAAACCAGAGGGGUUCCAGAGACCUUCAAUGAGGCCAAACCUAUUGGAUUUACCAUGUACACCACCUGCAUUGUCUGGUUAGCCUUCAUUCCAAUAUUUUUCGGCACUGCACAGUCUGCAGAAAAAAUGUAUAUUCAAACUACCACUCUGACAAUUUCCAUAAAUCUGAGUGCUUCUGUGUCGCUUGGCAUGCUGUAUAUGCCCAAGGUUUAUGUCAUCCUGUUCCACCCAGAACAGAAUGUGCAGAGACGCAAGCGCAGCCUAAAAGCUGUAGUGACAGCGGCCGCAAUGUCCAACAAGUUUACCCAGAAAGGAAAUCUCCGACCCAAUGGAGAAGCCAAAACUGAACUAUGUGAAAGUCUUGAAACCCAAGUACCUUGAGGAUUCUAAUUGCAAACCAUCCAGUCCAGCAUUAGCUACUAAGCAAACAUACGUCAGCUACAGUAAUCAUGCAAUCUGAGUGAAUGUGACACUCCUGAAGGG